AUGAGCACAGCGCUGGGUAAGAUGCCCUCAGCACUGAGACGUGCAUUCACAUCGUUCAUCAAUCUGUUCGUACCUCAGACGUCCUCUUCAGCAGUUCGUGUGAAUAGCUCGAAGUUUAUGUCAUUUUCCAAAGUAAAUGCUGCUGCUGCUGCUGCUAAUGUGCAGAAUAUGAUUUUAACUCGUUUUCAAUCAAUCAAAACUGUUGAUUGUGAGUAA